AUGGCGGCUGAUCGUAACGAGGAUAGCAAAGUUAAAGAUGGUUCGGCAGUCUCUCAGAAGGUGCUAUUUGUACGUAAUCUACCCUUUUCUACAAAAGACCAAGAUCUCGAAAAUAUAUUCAGUGACGUUGGACCUAUCAAACGUAGUUUUGUGAUUCGAGACAAAGAUGUCAAGAACUCCUGUAGAGGAUUUGGUUACGUUACAUUUGCGCUCGCCGAAGAUGCACAAAGAGCUUUAGAUAUUGUGAAAUCAUUUGGAGGACGACAACUCAGUGUUUGCUUUGCAAAUAAAAAACCCAAACAUGAAAAGAGAAAAAGGGAACGGGAAUUGCAUCCUGAGGGUGACAAUGAUGACAGUCAAAAGAACAUUGAAGAUGAGGGACUCAAAACAAUGGCCUUGGAUGAAAAUGAAAAUGAAACUCCACCCAAAAAGAAGUUGAAGAGCAUUGAUCAGGAGGAAAGCAUGAUUAAAUCCCAGCGCAGAGAACCAAAAAAUGAUAUGGGUAGAACAAUUAAACUGACAAAACUUGCUGAAGGCCUUAAUCAGAACCAUAUUAGAAAAAAAUUUCGUAAGAUUGGGCCUGUAGAAAAGGUUACAUUCCCAGCAGAGGGACAGGAUACAUCAACUGCAUUUGUCGUUUAUCAGACCCAUAAAGAUGCCAGAGAAGCUGUAAGGAAACUCAGUGGAAAGAUUUUUAAAGGCAAUACUAUUGGAGUUUCACUUCUCUCUAAAGAAGGGAAGACACCUAGCCAGAGGUCUUUAAAAAAAUCCAAGCUCAUUGUCAGAAAUUUAUCAUUUAAGUGCAAUGAAGAAGACCUCAGAAAGUUUUUCACACAGUUUGGCCAGAUUUCUGAUGUUCACAUUCCAACCAAGAUGGAUGGAAAACGAAAGCGUCGGCUUGGUUUUGGGUUUGUACAGUUUUGUAAUGUUUUUGAGGCUGCAAAGGCCAUCAAAGAGACAAACAUGAAGGAGAUUGCUGGAAGACCUGUUGCUGUUGACUGGGCCCUGGCCAAAUCUGACUAUAAGGAGAAGAAAGGCAUGGAAGAAACACAGGCUGAAAAGACGAGAGGCACAGAUGAGAACACAGAUGAUAACCAAGAUGAAGACAUCAGCGUUGAUGUUUCUAACGAUGACUCCGAUGUUGAAUCAGAUGAAGAAAAAUCUGGCAGCUCUGAUACUGGAGACGAUGAAGAGGAGGAGGAAAAUGAAGUCAGCGAUCAAGAACACGAACAGGAGGAAGAAGCCUCGAAAGCCAAGAAAACUAAGCAACCUUCAGAUGUCAAAGAAGGCAAGACUUUAUUCAUCCGGAACAUAUCGUUUGACACUAGCGAGGAAUCACUUUACGAAUUGUUUGAACAAUUUGGAGAGGUAGACUAUUGUAAGAUGGUUGAGGACAAAAGGACCGGUCACAGCCGUGGAAUGGCGUUUGUGAAGUUUAAAACGGUUGAAGGCGCCGAAAAGUGUCUUGUGGAAGCAGACAAAGAUGGAUCCGGCAUUUCCUUGGACAAUUUUAAACUGAAUGUGACGAAAGCAGUAACGCGUGGAAAGGCGGCAGAACUAGCAAAGGAAAAGAAGCUGGACGGAACCAAGGAUACAAGGGACAAACGUAAUUUAUACCUGGCUAAAGAAGGUUUAAUUACACCAGGCUCAGAAGCUGCUCAGGGCUUGUCCAAAGCUGAUUUAGUGAAGAGACAGAAAGCUGAAGCAGAGAAGAAAGCAAAGCUAGAAAAUCCAAAUAAUUUCGUCUCAACAACCCGGCUUUGUGUUCGAAACCUGCCUCUAAAUGUAGACGACAAGAAAUUGCAAGAGAUCUUCGGCACCGCCACAGGAAAGAGGAUGCGCGUGAAGAAAGUGCUGAUUAUCCGGAGUAAAGAUAGGUUAGACAGCACAGGCCGUGGACGUUCCAUGGGAUACGGAUUCAUAGAAUUCACCAAUCACAAAGACGCUCUUGCCGUCCUGAGAGUCACCAAUAACAAUCCCGCCAUAUUUGGACCGGAUCGUCGACCAAUUGUGGAUUUCUCGAUAGAAAAUAGCCUCGUCCUCAAGGCGAAGCAGCGUCAUGUAGAAAAGGCUCAGCACAAGCAGCAGCAGAGCGUCGACGAGCAUGCGCGCGAUGAACAACCCAAGACAAAUAAGGAGAGAAGGCUGGAGCGAAAUCAGAAGCGAAGAGAAAAACGAGUGAGAAAGAGAGAAGCGAGGAAGAAACGAAAAUUGGAAGAGGGCAAGGACAGCGAAGGCGACAAAAUAGCGCAGGAAAGAAACAAAGUUAUUAAGGCAGUGAACAGUUCAAACUUAUCCUCAUCGAAAGCAAAGAAGUUUGAAAAUUUGUCCAGAAUGGACGUUACACAAUCUGAGUCGAAGCGAGGUAAAAAGAAUGUUGGAAGAAAUAAACAAUCUUCUUUGGUUCUUAGAAACAAUUCUCGUACCAAAGUCACAUCAGGUACCGCCCCAAAUGUUAGUCCCUACCUUAAAAUGGUAAAUAGAGCUUCAAAAGAAAGACAAGACAGUGAAUUUAAAGUGAGCAAAACCUCCGAUGCCCCAAAUAGAAAGAGGAAAGGCGCCCGGAAACGACAACAGGAGCAGAACGACGAGUCGAAGUUCUCUCAGAUGGUGUCUAAGUACAAGAACAAACUGUUUGGAAUGGAUAAUAAUGAAUCAUCCUUAAAACGCACGCGUUGGUUUCAGUAAUCUACCGAAGCUAAAUGGAUAAAUCUUCGUUGGAUGAGCAAGACAUGUAGUUCAGUGUUGCUUAAACCUUCUGUUGUCCAAAUAGGGAAAGGAAAGGACCUUUAAUAAAAAAGAGAGAGCAGCCGAACAAAACAUAGUUUUCUGAAAUUUUGUCCAAGUGUAAGAACAAAUUAUUUGGAAUGGACAACGAUAAAUCAUCUACAGAACGUAAGCGUUGGUUUCAGUAAUGCGCGAGAACUCGGGCUAAAAUGAGAGUUUUUCCGCCACAUGGGCCUUAACCGAAAAUGAUCUUUCGUAAGGCGUAUGUGUCUCUUCUUGUUCACUCGAUACUUGGUAAAGCUUUUUAUGAAUUUUCGUGUUCUCGUAUUUCAACAAACAAGUAAACAGAACCAAAAACAAAUCAAUUAAUUCGAUGUACUUUUAAAAACCUUCCUGCUGCUCCGCGUUUUGUAAAUAAAAGUGGUUUGCUUAAACGCUCCGUUUUUGAUAAGAACAAAAACAAAUGAAAAACGUGAAUGAGAAGUGUGGUGGAAAAGUCGAGUGGAAAGCAGAAUCAGGCAAAGUAGGAGUUCGCCGAACGAGCGUUAAUUGGUGAUCAAUCCAUCUUCGUAACAGUAGCAGCAAGAACUAAAGUUAAAUAGUUUACAGUGGUUUGUCUAACAUGAACUGAAUGCAUGCUGACCAAGCGAACGGUAAUAAUAGUGAUUGCACAAGAAUACCUCGAAAAAUCGGAAAAACUAAUAAACGAAGACAGGUAUGAAGUAAACAGUCCAAUUACAAUUGAGAUUUUGAACCUUUCAGUGACGUGGGUUAGUCACCAAACACAGCGUUGUUACUGAAAGCUCCAUUCUCGAAUAAUUUCAACGUGCAACUUUUUUUCAUGGUUAAUAAAAGUUAUUCAUAUCUUC